UUUGAACGAGCAAGCGAUUUAUUGCUUUACCAUUGCUAUAAGGGCUACGUUCAGACUGCAGGCAUAUCAAAUUCCUCUUCAAAUCCCAUUUUUAGGACUGACUGUUUCCAGGGUGUUUUAGAUCAUAUCCAAAUGGGAUAUUACGGUCCUGGUCAGGCUGGGCCACAUUUUCAACCCAUCUGACACGGUCAGGAAGUGAGAUGGACACAAAUAGCCAGCAUAGCGCCAAAGGUUAAAGAUGGUAAAAAUCAAUAUGUAUGUACGCCACUUAAGAAAAUGUUUCACAUUGGGCAGGGAUCUCAUUUUACAGCUUCCGACACAUCCCAAUCUAGCAGUUUUUCGAAUGACAUACCGAAGCAUUCCAAGCACCACUAUAGAAGGUGCAGCAGUUCAACUUUACAAGCGAGUUUUCCCCUUUGACCUAUCCUUAUCUGCACCCGAGUGUUAAAGAGCAUGAUACCACAACGUCAAAGUCCUGCCUGUGCUGGAACCGCAAGGAAUAACAAUUCCUCCUCAGUAGAAGGGAAUCUCUUGACAGACGCAACUACAUUAGAUGUCAAAUGAGGUAAUAUUGAUCUUUUGUACAAGCCACAUCUUAAAUUGAUGCACACGCAGGUGUGUGUUUGCGUGUCAUGUCAUGAUGCAUUCAAGUGUACAUUGUGUUCCAAAUGAUUAUGAACGAUUGACGUUUUAUAAACGUUUUGAGUUUGGGUGUUUUUAUGGAGGUUUUGCAUGUAGUUGCUUCUGUAAUUCUCACCCACUGUGCAUUGGCUCCUUCGGGUGGAACAUUUCUGUUCAUCAAUUACUCUAUCUAGGUUGGUGACAGGUGCCGUAGUGAUCGGUCGAAUAAUUGAGAUCAAAGUUCCAUUUUUAUAAUAGUUAACAGAGCCAAUUAAAGGGACAUGACAUAUAUUAUUCCAUAUUAUAAUUUUUUCCAGUAUUGGGGGCAAAAAAGAAGGAAACAAAAAAAAACUUGGACUAGUGUAAUAAUUCCUCGCGAAAGGAAUGAAAACACUGCACUUUUCUCAAUUUAAGGGAGAUCAUCCGUUUGGGAAAAAAAAAGCGUGCGAAUCCGAGACCAAACGGAGUUGUUCAGAGGGUGUCUUAAGUAAAGUUUCUGUCUUCCUCAUUGUAGAGUGAAGAUGCUACGCUCGUGGGUCGGCCUCUUGUUUUCCGCUCUCUGUGCGACUUCUGCAUAUGGCGGCAAGGUGCUCGUUUUUCCCCUGGACGGAAGCCACUGGGUGAACAUGAAAGUCAUUAUCGAGGGACUGCACUCGAGAGGCCAUCAGGUCGAUGUGGUGCGAACGGACGACAGCUGGUACAUCAAGGAAACGUCCCCUUUCUACAACGCCAUCACGCUUGACGUGGAGUCAGGCUUCAGCAAGGACUUCAUUGUGAAGUUUGUGGAGCAGCUGCUGCUCAUCCAGCGGGAAGGGAAGUCCGCCUGGACUCGUUUCAAACUGGAAAUGGAGCAAAGUGAAAAGGCCUCACAGAUGCACGAAAAAACAGCCAAAUUGCUCGAGUGGAUUUUUGAAAAUAAAACCUUGGUGGAGUCGCUCCAAAGUGCCAAGUAUGACCUUGUUCUGACGGAUCCGGGAGUGCCAGCCGGUGUUAUUCUCGCCCACUACCUGAAGCUACCCCUCGUUUUUAACGUGAGAUGGACCAGCCACGGCGAGGGCCAUUUAGCGAUCGCGCCGUCCCCUCAGUCGUACGUGCCCAUGACGGGAACGGAAUUUUCUGACAAGAUGAGCUUUUUCGAAAGAGUUGUGAACACUUUGGCGUUUCUCUUUGGGGAAUAUCAAAUAUCAAAGUAUAUAAACCCACAUUAUGAAAGGCUGAUUAAGAAGUAUUUAAACCCUGGUGAAAACUAUCAGUCACUGUUCCAGGCAGCAGACCUGUGGCUCAUGAGAGUGGAUUUUGUCUUUGAGUUUCCUCGCCCCACCAUGCCCAACGUCAUCUACAUUGGGGGCUUCCAGUGUAAACCUGCCAAGCCUCUACCGGCGCACCUGGAGGAGUUUGUCCAGAGUUCUGGAGAUCACGGAGUCAUCAUCAUGUCCCUGGGCACUCUCAUUGGGGAACUCCCUAGCGACCUAGCUGACGAAAUUGCCGCGGCUUUUGCCAAGCUCCCCCAGAAGGUCAUCUGGAGGUAUAAAGGGGCAAAACCUUCCACUUUGGGAAACAACACUCUCCUGGUAGACUGGAUGCCGCAGAACGACCUUCUGGGACAUCCCAAGAUCAAGCUCUUUGUUGCUCACGGCGGGACAAACGGCGUCCAGGAAGCCAUGUACCACGGAGUUCCAAUCCUCGGGCUACCGCUCAUUUUCGAUCAACGAGAUAAUCUGCUCCGGAUCGGAAUGAGAGGAGCGGGGAAAAGCGUGGAUAUAUCCACCAUGGAUCGUGAUAUCUUUUUCCAGGGCGUACAGGAAGUCCUGUCUGAUCCGUCCUAUAAGAACAACAUGCAAAGGCUGUCCAGGCUGCACAGAGAUCAGCCCAUCCUGCCGCUCGACAGCGCCCUCUUCUGGAUUGAGUUUGUCAUGAGGCAUAAGGGCGCAGCUCACCUGAGGACCGAGUCCUACCAGCUGCCCUGGUUUGUCUACUACUCCGUGGACGUGCUCCUUUGCUUAUCUUCUGUCGUGCUGCUCAUUGUCGGUGCUCUGAGCACUUUUUUUGGCUGUCUUUGUUCUAAAGUCUGCCUGCAAACAAAACGUAAACAUGAUUAAAGUUACCUAAAAGUUACUUGGUUACCAAUGAGCCGCACAUUUCACCUGAUCACAAGUCUAGUCUGUAACAUUUAAGUGUUGCGGAAAUUGUUUUUGUACAUUUGGCGUAAUCCACGGAACUGCCGGAGCGUAUAAAGUCAUACACUGUUUGUGCAAGUCCUAAGUACCGUCACAUUUAAGACUCAAGACUUAAAAUUCAUAUAGGUCCAUCAUUAGUGUAGUUAAAGCGAAGCAAGCCAAGUCAUCGCUUUGAGCAGGUUCUACAAUCUUGCUCAGUCACAAGACAUAUUUGUACAUUUGCUGCUUUGCGCUCAUUGUCCAGCCAGUACUUGUUUUCUGUACGAACACAUUCACAAUCGAAUAAUUUCUCAAGGGUCCCUAAUUCAUCUCCUUAUCGUCUCUUUUUUUAUUGUCUGCUCAACUAAAUGCAUAACCAAAAUAAAGUUGAGUUAAUGU